UGGCCGCCGCCGCCGCCGCCGUCAGUUCCCGUCCGAUCGGAAUGCGUCUCGUUUGUUGGCCAUCGUGAGAUCGUCGUCCGGCUUAUCGUCUUAUCACAUACACACACGCUCGUUUUAGCGUUUUCACACCGUCGUCACGUGACACCAGCUUUUUUCCGGGUGUUUUUCGUUGGAUUUCCGUCCGCCGGCGCACACUCCACCAUCGUCUACCGGACCGUCGGACACCGGAACAGCAAAAAAAAAACUUAAUGCCAAACAGCCGUCGACGCCGCCGACCAUCGAGGAGCUGACCGGCGAGGAAAUGCAAACGGCCCGCGCCUGCCAAACGUCAUGCCGGAGCUGUCGCCUGGCGCACUGUAUGCCACCGACGACGCCGCGUCCACCGCCUUCGGUGCCGCACGGUGACCGCAGCCGGCGCCACUGCUGACCACCACGGCCGCCGCCGCCGCCGCCAUGACAUUUUUGCUGAAGAACCGGCGCCUGGCCGGACGCCCGUUUUCGGUCAAGCGCUGCGUGGCCGCACUCAUGAUGGUCGGCUUCCUGUCCAUAUUCUAUUACACGCACUAUCUGAGCUCGCCCAUCGCCAGUCUGUUGAUGCGACGGGAUCGCAAAGUGGUCAGAAUGCGACCCUAUGACAUGUGUCCUCCGUUUCAAUCCAGACCGCCAACGGACCACAGACCACCUUACCAGCAACCAGGUCAUCCCAGGACUGAUUCCAAGCUGUUGUUGCUGGUCGAGACUGCAUACUCGAGGCUUGGCCGGGAACUUGCCGAGACACUGGUGCACAAUAGGCUGAGAUACAAAAUGGAAGUGGCCGGCAAGUCGUUACCGGCGCUGACGAAUUUCGACAAAGGCCGGUAUUCCGUGAUAGUGUUCGAGAACUACCACCGGUACUUGACCAUGGACAAAUGGAACCGAGAGCUUUUGGACAAAUACUGCAGGGAAUACAAAGUGGGCAUAUUAGGGUUUUUCCCGCCGGCCGAACGUCGCGCGGUCGGCGUGCAAGUCCGAGGGUUCCCGUUGUACAUGCACACGAGACUUUCGCUCAGGGACGCCAUGCUGAACUCUGCUUCGCCCGUGCUGAGGGUGGCCCGAGCCGGUGGCGUGUACCAGGGACGUUUGCCCGGCGACGACUGGUCCGUGUUCACCGCCAACCACACCACCUACGAACCCGUGGCUUGGGGCAGCAACAAUUCCGCCGCCGGCGAAUACAUACCGCUGACCACAGUGGUGCAGGACCACGGCGCGUACGACGGCAUACCCCGGGUGCUGUUCGGCUCCGGGCUCAGGUUCUGGUUGCACCGGUUGCUGUUGCUCGACUCGUUGUCGUACCUGAGCAAAGGGCUGUUGAGCAUUUCCCUGGAACGACAAGUGUUGGUCGACAUCGACGACAUAUUUGUCGGCGAGACCGGCAUCAGGAUGUGGAAAGAGGACGUGCACGACCUGAUCAAAACCCAAGAACGGAUACGCCAACUGGUGCCCGGGUUCAGAUUCAAUUUGGGCUUUUCCGGCAAAUACUUUCACAAGGGCACGUGGGAAGAGAACGAAGGCGACGACACGAUUUUGGAGAACGUGGACAAGUUCACCUGGUUCUGUCACAUGUGGAACCACAUGCAACCGCAUCUGUACAACAACGAGACUCACCUGGAGUACGAGAUGACGUUGAACAAACAGUUUGCCGAGGCCAACGGCAUCCCGACCAACUCCAGUUACUCGGUGGCGCCUCAUCAUUCGGGCGUUUAUCCGGUCCACGAGCUGCUGUACACGGUCUGGAAGAAAGUGUGGGACAUCAAGGUGACAUCGACCGAGGAAUACCCGCACCUGAGGCCGGCCAGGCUGCGCAGAGGAUUCGUACACAGAGGCAUCAAGGUGUUACCGCGGCAGACUUGCGGAUUGUUCACGCACACCAUCUACGUGGAUCGUUACCCGGGCGGUAGGAAAAAAUUAGACGAAUCCAUUAUGGGCGGAGAGCUGUUCCAGACCAUCGUGUACAAUCCCAUUAACGUGUUCAUGAGUCACAUGUCCAAUUACGGUAGCGAUCGGUUGGCCCUGUACACGUUCGAAUCGGUGUUCCGGUUCAUCCGGUGUUGGACAAAUCUAAAACUGCAAUCGUCCGGACCGCUACAACUGGCCGACAAGUACUUCAAGAUGUAUCCGGAAGAAGUGGACCCAAUCUGGGGGAACCCGUGUUUGGAUCAACGGCAUUUGAAAAUCUGGUCGUACCAAAAGUCAUGUCAAAGCCUUCCGAAAUUCCUCGUCAUCGGACCCCAAAAGACCGGCACUACGGCUCUGUACACCUUCUUGUCGAUGCAUCCGAACGUAUCGGCCAACACGCCGAGCAAAGAAACGUUUGAAGAAAUUCAAUUUUUCAACGGUCGCAAUUACUACAAAGGGCUGGACUGGUACAUGGAGUUCUUUCGGGCAAACGACUCGAUCGAAAACAAAAUGGUGUUUGAAAAGUCGGCCACGUACUUUGACUCUGAAAUCGUGCCGAAAAGAGUCCAGGCGUUAUUGCCAAACGUCAAAUUAGUAACCAUAUUAGUGUCGCCGGCCAAGAGGGCGUACAGUUGGUACCAGCACGCAAAGGCUCACCGUGACCCGACGACACUGAAAUACUCGUUUCACCAAGUGAUCACUGCCAACGAGUCUGUCGCGUCAAAGCCACUCAAAGAUCUCCGAAACAGAUGUCUGAACCCGGGCAAGUACGCCCUGCACGUCGAACAUUGGCUCGACUAUUUCCAUCAUAACAACUUGCACAUCAUCGACGGCGAUCAACUGAAAUCCAAUCCGGUGGACGUAAUGGAACAACUGCAAAAGUUCUUAAAGGUCACACCGGUGUUCGAUUAUUCCACUCACCUCAGGUACGACGUGAAAAAGCGUUUCUUCUGCAAGGUGACCGACCGAGGCGGCAACAAGUGUUUGGGAAAAGGCAAAGGCCGACAGUACGCUGCCAUGGACGCCGAGUCGUACAAGUACCUUCGAGAAUACUACAUGCCGUACAACACGGCCCUCGUCAAGCUGUUGCGCAAACUAGAGCACAAGACCAUUCCGCAGUGGCUUAAAGACGAUCUCAGCUAUUCGUCCACAUGACGUUUACUUCGUGGUAGAAAAAAGAAAUAUCAACGUUUGUUGGCUGACCAAUAUUCUACCACGAAACAUCGAUGAACCUCGCCACGAUUUUAUUUUUCCUUUUUUAACGAUGCCAUAUUAGGUUAUUGAAUAUCAUUUUUAUUUUUAUUGUGUCGACUCGGUGUACCUACGUAGAAUAACAAUAUUAUGUCUGUGUACACGUUAUGGCUAACUCCGUUUUCGUUUAUUAUAAACCGUGUAUGUUAAAAGAGGAACACCUUUUUUCUCGUGUAAAUAUAACAUUAUAUGUACAUAAGAGAUUGUAUAACUAUAACUUACAAUUAGUAGACCGUCCAUGUGUAAAUAAUAAUUAUAUUAUAAAUUGUUGAAUGACGUUGUUUUAAAAUAUUUAAGCGCACUCGCCUUGUGCGAUUUGUGUGUCAAUUGGUUUUGCCAACCCAUAAAAUAUAAAGACAAUUUUUUUAUUA